AAGCCGAACAUAAAAAAGACCCGUGUUUGUUUAAUAAGUUGGGUUCCUCCUACUGUAUCGAAACAUCAUCGCUGCCCUUACCUCCUCACUUUCGUCUCCGAACACACACACACAGACUGUUUGGCUUCGUACUUCCGGUUCCCUUGGCUCCAAUUCAUACAGUUAUCCUCUCUAUACCAUCAAUUGUCGAACGAAAUUCGAAAGCCUUUUUCCGCUGGACUUCCCAAACAAAUCCUUAAUUAUCCUCUAAAAUCAUCAGUUCAUGAUGAAACCCAGAACACACACAAACGCCUCGCCACCGCCACAUUUUUCCUAAAAAGGGUGCUUCUCUUUCAAAGGCCUGCUCGCAUUAUAUCAGUGGGGUGGGCAGCCUUUUAUCAGAGACGAUGGGCAGUUCAUUCAAUCCGCAAAUUUUGGUGGAAAAGCUGGCCAAGCUAAAUAAUUCACAGCAGAGCAUUGAGACUCUAUCACAUUGGUGUAUUUUCCAUAUGAACAAGGCGAAACAAGUGGUUGAAACAUGGGCUCGACAAUUUCACUGCUCCCCACGUGAGCAGCGAUUGGCUUUUCUAUAUCUCGCAAAUGACAUUCUGCAGAACAGUAGGCGAAAAGGUUCAGAGUUUGUUGGUGAGUUUUGGAAAGUUCUUCCUGAUGCACUCCGUGAUGUAACUGAGAGUGGGGACGAGUUUGGAAAACAUGCUGCUCUACGCCUGAUCAGUAUAUGGGAGGAAAGAAAAGUUUUUGGUUCUCGAGGACAGAUUCUUAAGGAAGAGCUUGUGGGAAAGCACCUGGAGAACAGUAAUAGAAAUGGGAAGCUUUCCGGGUUUAAACUGAAACAUUCUGCUGGAAAUGCUUUGGAUAAAAUAGUUUCUGAUUAUCAAGUUCUGUAUGGUGGCCAAUUGGACGAGGAUGCUAUAUUGAGCAAAUGUAGGAAUGCUAUUAGUUGUAUUGAGAAAGCGGACAAGGAAAUUGGUGGUGAUAUUAGUUCAGGGAAACUUGAUGGAUCUGGCUUUGUGGUGGAGCUUCAGGGGCAGCACACUAUAUUGAGAGACUGUAUAGAACAGCUAAGGGCAGUUGAAUCAUCAAGAGCAAAUCUUGUGUCUCAUCUCAGGGAGGCUCUCCAGGAGCAGGAAUUUAAGCUGGAUCAAGUGCGCAAUCAACUUCAGGCCGCUCAUUCCCAGUCAGAACAGGCUGGUAAUAUUUGCAGACAGUUAAUGAACAGCAAUGACGUGCAGUUGCUCGCUGCGCAGAGUAUUAAGGAGACUCACAGCUCCAAAGCGCCUCACUGUUUUACAGCAGGAAAUGGAGAAAGAUCAGCCCCUGUAAUGUACACACGACAGGUACCUUUUGCUGAAAAAUCUGGCCACAUCGAAGAGGACCCCAAAUCUGCGGCAGCUGCAGUGGCAGCAAAGCUCACCGCAUCAACAUCUUCAGCCCAAAUGCUGACUUAUGUCCUCUCUUCCUUAGCAUCAGAGGGUGUCAUUGGUAAUCCAAUGAAAGAAUCUUCCAGUGAUUAUCCUUCCGAAAAAAGGCAUAAGCCUGAGAAUGAUCACUCUUACAUACCACCUCAGACUUCCCAAGCACCGGGUCCACCUUUUCCACAUCCUGACUCACUGCAACACAACAACCCAUCUACAAGCCAAGAAUUGACUCCAAAUGAGCAACCACCUCCCCCGUCAUCUCCUCCCCCUUUGCCACCAUUGCCACCUAUGCAACCAUAUCCGGUGCCCCAUUUCAUGCAGACUGCUGGAUCAACAUCUAGUGUACCAUACAGUUAUGGUACAGCCCAACCGCAUCCACCACUCAUGCCUGGUUAUCCCAUUGUAGGGGCUCCCAUCAAUGGUGUCUCUCCCUUUGCAGCGCCUUUAACAAAUCCUUAUCAGAGUUUUCAAGGACCAGAAGGUGGUUUUUAUGGCCAGCCAUCAUCUUUGCCCAUGGCUCCUCGGCAGUAGAAUUAUCCAUCUCUGGUGGGUCUCAAAAUGAAGAAGACCUGUUGUGGUAAUUAAGUCUCUUUAAAAGCUUCUUUUUUAGCCUUUGCUAGAAGUCAGUCUCAAACCUUCCCUACAUCUGUUGUGCUUUCUGAGUAGACAUACAUAAUUAGGUUUUGCACAUCUCAAGUAAAUGUUUGUAACUCAUAUUUCCAACUGUCUUUAAUUUAUGGAGUUGAAAUAAUUCCAUUGUGUUGUUGAAUUGAAGAUAACUAGUUUGACCAUGUCGAAUCCGUAAUUUAACCUUGGUUGUGGCUGUGGGGUUCAUACCUAACAGUAAUUUUUGGGAUGCAAUGUUGAGAAUCUUCCUUUCUGGUAUUUUGCCAGAAUACAACCUGAAGUAGCAAUGUGGUAAACCGCAGACUGUGUUGGCCUGGUAAGGUGGCUGGCAAUGGAUGCUGAAGUAUGUACUGCUGAUUGAUAUAAAUGUUGGAUACCAAUAUCUGUUUUUGUACUGUGUUGAUUGACGCCAGUACAUUUUUUAUUUAUUUUUUAUUUUUUUUAUAUACAGUGGUGAUUGAUGUAAAUUUUUGAAUAACCUAUUGAACGUGACUAAUGAGAAAUUGGAGGAACGUGGAUGUUGAAGUCCCAUAUACAGAA